CAGAAGCAUCUGUAUUUGUUGGUGGCGAUAUCCUUUCUGAUCCAAGUACUUUGUCAUCAUCUCCUCUUCUGCCUUCUUCACAUGGUCUUCCUUCUACAAUGGCUGCUGCUCUCUCGGACAUCCUUGCCAACGAUCCCUACUUUGCUGCUUCAUACGCCUCCUCUCGUUACGAUGACUUUGUUCGCGAUGGCUAUGGCCGUUACGGUGGCGUUCCGGGUCCUGUUCCUGGCUCUGCUCGCGCAAAACACGUUGCUGGUUCUCGUCUCGAGGGCAUCGGCUCGGUCGGAUGGCAUCUGAAGACUGGCCCAGCCGCUACCCUCGCGUCGGCCGACGUCGCCAUUCCGCCCGGCUCGCUCAUCGCGCUCGGCGGCCGGGCUAACGCCACAAACUGCGUCGUAGUCACCGGCGACUUUGCCCCGGCGACCCGCUACCGCCUCUCCAUCCCGAUGGCGCUGCCUGCAGACCCUGCGCUCGCUGGCGCAUCACUCUCAGCCUGGGCCGCGCCGCUCUCGUUUACCGGCUUCUCUGGCACAACGCCCAUGUUUGAGAUCCGCGGGCCCAAGUACGGCCGAGUCUGCGAGCCGCCACAGCAACCUGCUGCCGGCGGCUCGGGCGCGACGCUCGCUACGCCU